CCCGAGGGCGAGUCCACAAGGAGGCGCACUUUGCCCUUGCAAACGGCGAUGAUGACGUACACGUUCUUCCCAGCUAGCUGAUGGGUUCCGUUCCACUUUUGCAGUACUUUUCCCCGCCGUAUUUGUUCCAGUUUUACCCCGACCUCGCACCCUCUCACUUUCCCCCGAGGUUUUCAUCACCCAGAUUGCACAUUUCAGUUUUGUUCCAUUUCUGCAGUUUCGACCCCCCCCCCCCCCAGAAGAUUCCUGGCAGUUUUCCACACACCUCCCAGGUGCGUCUCACCUCCACCUCGGCUUUGACUCCGACGUGUGAUUAAAUUGAAUUUCAUCCUCUCUUUCUCGAGGGUCCCCCGCCGCCGCCCCCCCCCCUGGGGGGGGGGGUCUUGGUGUAGCGAUGCAGGUCAAAUGCUCGUCUGAAUGUGUGAAUGAAACGCCUCAUCGCUCCCUCCUCCUCCUCCUCCAGACGCGCCAGGAAGGCCAAUUACUGGAAAAACUAUGGCAAAGAAGCCCGUAUUGGCCCUCGUUGCUCAUCACGUCUGAAGCUGUCGUCGCCGUGGAAACCACAGCAACGCACGCGCAUACGGGCAGAUUCUGCCUCUCCUCCCUCCCUCCUUUCACCUCGAGAGGCGUCGGCCCGACGGCGGCAUCGAGACUUGGAGGACGCGUCCCGGUUCAAUCGCGCCGUUGUCGACCCGCGGUGCGACAACGCCAAGGGCCUGCGGGCCUUCUUCGACGCCAUCUGCUACGGACCCAAGCACCUGAUGAUCUUCGGCGGCGUCUGCCCCUCCGUCACCUCCAUCAUUGCCGAGUCCUUGGAGGGAUGGAACCUGGUGCAGCUGUCGUUCGCGGCGACCACUCCGGUGCUGGCGGACAAGAAAAAGUACCCCAACUUCUUCCGCACGGUCCCCUCGGACAACGCCGUCAACCCGGCCGUGGUCAAGUUCCUCAACUACUACAACUGGAGCCGCGUGGGGACGCUCACGCAGGACGUGCAGAGGUUCUCUGAGGUGAGGAACGACCUCACCAGCGAGCUGGAGAAGGCCGACAUCCACAUCGCCGACACCGAGAGUUUCUCCAACGACCCCUGCGUCAACGUCAAGAAACUCAAGGACAACGACGUGAGGAUCAUCAUCGGCCAGUUCGACGAGAACCUGGCGUCCAAAGUCUUCUGCUGCGCGUACAACCUGAACAUGUUUGGCAGCAAAUACCAGUGGAUCAUUCCUGGCUGGUACCAGGGCAACUGGUGGGAGCAGGCCAACAGCACCAACUGCACCACCAAGAAGCUGCUGGCCGCCAUGGAGGGCUACAUCAGCGUGGACUUUGAGCCUCUCAGCGCCAGGCAGAUUCAGGGCAUCUCCGGAAGGACCCCGAAGGAGUACGAGCGCGAGUACAGCCGCGAGCUGCGUCAGAAGGGCGUGGAACCCAGCAAGUUCCACGGCUUCGCCUACGACGGCAUCUGGGUCAUCGCCAAGACCCUGACCCGCGUCAUGGACCUGCUGCGCGUCAAGCAGCGGCAGAGCGGCCACCGCAACUUCACCGUGGACGACCACGAGGUGGGCAAGAUGGUGCUGGACGUCAUGAACGAGACCAACUUCUUCGGCGUCACGGGCCAAGUCAUGUUCCGCAACGGCGAGCGGAUGGGCACCAUUAAGUUCAACCAGUUUCAAGAGGGACAGGAAGUGAAGGUGGGCGAGUACAACGCCAUCGCGGACGUGCUGGACCUCAUCAACAACUCCAUCCGCUUCCAAGGAGUGGAGCCGCCCAAAGAUCGCACGUUUGUGCGCCUGCAGCGGCGCCACAUCAACGUCCCGCUUUACAGCAUCCUGUCCACCAUCACCGUCUUGGGCAUGCUCAUGGCCGGGGCCUUCCUCUUCUUCAACAUCAAGAACAGGAACCACAGACUGAUCAAGAUGUCGAGUCCCUACAUGAACAACUUGAUCAUCCUGGGCGGGCUGCUGUCCUACGCCUCCAUCUUCCUCUUCGGACUGGACGGCGGCUUCGUGUCCGACAAGGAGUUCGAGACGCUCUGCACGGUUCGAACGUGGAUCCUCAUCGUCGGCUACACAAUGGCGUUCGGCGCUAUGUUCGCCAAGACCUGGCGGGUGCACGCCAUCUUCAAGAACGUCAAGAUGAAGAAGAAGAUCAUAAAGGACCAGAAAUUGUUGAUCAUCGUCGGCGGCAUGCUGCUCAUCGACUUGUGCAUCCUGAUUUGCUGGCAGAUUGUGGACCCGCUCAAGAGGACCGUGGAAGAAUACAGCCUGGAGGCGGACCCCCACGACCGAGAUAUCGCAAUCCGUCCGUUCUUGGAGCACUGCGAGAACACCCACAUGACCAUCUGGCUGGGCAUCGUCUACGCCUACAAGGGCCUGCUGAUGUUGUUCGGCUGCUUCCUGGCCUGGGAGACCCGCAACGUCAGCAUCCCGGCCCUCAACGACAGCAAAUACAUCGGCAUGAGCGUCUACAACGUGGGCAUCAUGUGCAUCAUCGGCGCCGCCGUCUCCUUCCUGACCCGGGACCAGCCCAACGUCCAGUUCUGCAUCGUGGCGCUGGUGAUCAUCUUUUGCAGCACCAUCACCCUCUGCCUGGUCUUCGUUCCCAAGUUUAUCACCAUGAGGACCAACCCGGACGCCGCCACGCAGAACCGCAGGCUCAAGUUCACGCAGAACCAGAAGAAGGAGGACUCCAAGACCUCCACCUCGGUCACCAGCGUCAACCAGGCCAACACGUCCAGACUGGACGGCCUUCAGACCGACAACCACCGCCUCCGCAUGAGGAUCACCGAGUUGGACAAGGAGCUGGAGGAGGUGACCAUGCAGCUGCAGGACACGCCGGAGAAGACUCCCUACAUCAAGCAGAACCACUACCCGGACGCCAACAACAUCCUCAGCAUACGCAACUUCACCGACGGCAAAGACGCCGAGCGGAACCUGCUGAAGAACCACCUGGAGCAGAAGCCUCAGGCCCACUGGGGCUCCACGGAUCCUUCCAGAAUAACGUCGGGCCCCCUGGAGGACAUCAACUCUCCCGAACACAUCCAGCGCCGCCUGUCGCUGCAGCUCCCCAUCCUGCACCACGCCUACCUGCCGUCCAUAGGCGGCGUGGACGCCAGCUGCGCCAGCCCCAGCGACAGCCCCGGGUCCAGCCCGCGCCACAGACACGUGCCGCCCUCGUACCGGGUCAUGGUGUCGGGCCUGUGAGCCGCGUCGACCGCCGCGCGACACCCGCACGCACACAUGCACACACGUACAGUACACACGACUGUCUUUUUUGUGUGUUGUCUUUUUCUACAGCAAAAAUGACUGAUUUGCAUCCACACGGAGGAGAUUGACGCUCUUUUUGUGCCUCCCCGCGGAACUCGCCGGACUUGGCCGUUAGCGAAGCCGCUGAAUGCGCCACGCCGGCGGCCGCGGCGUAGCCUUAGGGAUCCGCCGUCUCUCGCUCCGCAGCGUGUUUAUCAUUUGCGACUUUGUAAAUAAAUCAGCGUUUCGGGGGCACGCCGCCGACGUCGACGGCUGGCUUUGGGCGUCCAGAAAGCGACCGUGUGCUCAACGUGCUAACUGUCGGCGCUCCGGUUCUCAAACUCACAAAGUGCAAAGUCAGUUCGGUUGAAGAAGUCGUGACCAAUUUAUGAUUUCAUAUUUAAUUGAUCGUGAGUCGGUUCGAUGAUGCACCUUUUGGUGGGUUACAAAAUCAAACUCAUAUCACAACAAUGUCGAAAAAUUCGGUUUCCGGAUUUUGACGCUAACUCAUCGCGCGCAGUCUAAAAAAAUUGGGCAGACUCGCAAAUUUAUUGGAACGAACGCGUCCUUCGAAAUGUUAUUUUGUAAACAGCGAAGCGUCGUGAAUCCAUAAUUUGUUGUUAUAUUCCAUGAGAUGAAAUGGGGCAAAAAAAAUCGUUCAAAUGGAAAUAAUAUCGAACAAGGCCCAAAAAGUUUGAGCGCCGCGGUCGUGAGGCCUUCAGGGCCCGUGGGAAUUUUCACCGCGUACUCCCCGUCGUCGCUUUGUUGUUUUUUUCACCAUGGGUGUCUUGGUUUUUAGAUUUUCAUUUUUCGCGCGCGCCCCCGACUUCCUCUCGCGAGCCGGAACUGGACUCAAGUCGGGACUCGGGCAGGAUAACAAAACCCGAGCGGGCGUCUCGGACGUGUACCCGGACGGUUCCGGUUUUGGGUUUGUGGUCGCUCGCUCGCUCGUUGGGGUGUUUUUUUUCCUCCAGAUGGCAUCAAAUCAAAUCCUCGAGCAAACAAAAAGCGCUUUUGGCACUCGGAGGAACGGCAAACGAUUCAUUUUCAUCACUGAUUUUUUAUUUUUUUUUUUUAAUUGAAUUGUGAAAAAAAAAAUGACAAUUUUUUUUUUUUCUUGAAUUCAAAGCUGAAUUUCAAUCGGUCGGUCGGUCGAUUCAUUUGUAGUCUCGGUUUUAAAAUCAAAGCAAAGUAUGAGAAGGCGUGCUGGGGAGGAAAUAUGAAAUCAUACAAGUUAAAAAAAAAAUUAUAUUUUUGAUUAGACGCAGGAAAAAAAACGUGAAGACAAAUCUCAAUUUAACACGUCGAGACAUUUUCUUCAAUUGCCCUCAUAAUUUUUUUUUGGAUGAUUGAAAAUGUCAAUUCUUGCACUACUCCAACUUUUUAUCUUCAAAAAUGAGAGAGAAAAAAGUUUGAAAAUAUGAAAGUGGGUUUUAAAAGAUUCACUUCAUAAAAUUGUAUUUUUAUGAAGUUAAAUACAGUAAAUCAGAUUUCCAUGAAUAUUUCUACAGAAUAUUAGGAGAUUAAAAUUGAAAUUUUAAAGGAAUUUUUUUGUAAAAAAAAAAAACAAAACAAAACAAUAAUUCCGCUUCCCCCAAACUUUGGUUUCAAAAUCAGCUUUUAAACUAAAUAAAAUGUGGCUAUUUUUAACCAUAUUAACACUUGUGUAAAUAUUGAAGUAUUUGGAGAAAUAAUAUUCGGACUUGCAAUAAAAAUAUCUUUUUUGUAGGGUGGCUACAAAUUUAAUGAGUGAUUUUCAAACCAUCAAAAUGAGUAAUGUUUAUCUAUGAUAACUUUUUGGGUUGAACAGAAUAAUUUUAUUGUGUUAUUCUGAUCUGAUUUCAACAGUCCACAUUUAACAAAAGGAAAAUAAAAUGUAAGAAAUAAUUUAGGAAUAUUCCGAUUUUUUUUUUUUCUCCCAAAAUAUAUAAAUUUAAAAAAAAUUGGGGCAAUAAUCUUUUUUUCCUCCAAUUGACUAAACUUAUUGCGCUCUCAAAAAUUCCCCUGAAAAAAAAAAAUCAUAUUAUUCAUAUUAUAUCAAUUUUCCUUUCCUUUCUCAUCAUGGCCUCGAUACUCCGCAGUCACCAAACUCCAAAAGCGGCCUCAAAAGUUAUUUUUGCGAUACUGACUGUGCUUGACUUCAUAACAAUCACAUUAUGAUUACGCUAAUUACUAUUAUUAUUCAUAAAUCACGAAGCAAACCGCGAGCAAAACUUGAGUUUGGCCGCUCGAGAGGGGCAAUAACUUGUUUUCUGUUACCAGAAAGCGUCAACUGCAGUACGUAUAGAGAGAUUUAUUUAUAAAUAUAUCAAAUAUAUGAAAAGAUGUUUACGUAAAAGAUCUUUUGAGUAACAUUUUUACAUUCCUUUCACAAAAUAUGCCACCGGGAUACUUUGGAAGUUUUUUUU